AUCAAUAGCUUCGAUUGGUAUAAAACAAAAUUCUCAAGAGACUGAAAUGAAAGCAGCCAUUUCUUCAUUGAUAAGCUCCAGAAAUUUCAAUCUCCAUCAAUCCUCACUCUCCCGCUCCAUUUUCCGGCAGCCUUCCCUUCUUCUACCGUCUCGCUUUCCGGUCUCAUCCACUGGCGGCGGCGGCGGCGGCGGAGACGCCAAUUUUAUCACCCUGCACCAUAAGUUUCGUUUCCACUCCAUCAAGUCCUCGGCAAGUAUGGCAUCAUCCUUCAAUCCCGAGCAAGCUAGAUCUCCACCGGCACUUCCGUUGUCGAUCCCUCCCGUAACAAAGUUUAAAAUCGCGCUAUGUCAAUUGGCGGUGACGGCUGAUAAGCAAAGGAAUAUUGAACAUGCUCGUAAGGCCAUUGAGGAGGCUGUGGAAAAAGGUGCCCAGCUUGUUGUAUUGCCGGAAAUAUGGAAUUGUCCUUAUUCACAUGAUUGCUUACCACUUUAUGCCGAGGACAUUGAAGCCGGUGGUGAUGCCUCCCCUUCAACAGCCAUGCUGUCGGAAGUUUCUCGCCGUUUAAAAGUCACAAUAGUCGGCGGCUCAAUUGUAGAGCGCUCGGGGGAUGAACUUUAUAAUUCUUCUUGUGUUUUUGGUACUGACGGAAAGCUGAAAGCUAAACACAGGAAGAUUCAUCUUUUUGAUAUUGAUAUCCCAGGAAAGAUCACUUUUAUUGAGUCCAAGACCAUUGCAGCGGGUGAAACUCCUACUGUUGUAGACACAGAAGUUGGACGUAUUGGCAUAGGAAUCUGUUAUGACAUCCGUUUUCCAGAACUAGCAAUGAUGUAUGCUGCAAGAGGUGCUCACUUGAUUUGCUAUCCUGGGGCAUUUAACAUGACUACUGGACCAUUGCACUGGGAGUUAUUGCAGCGUUCAAGGGCUGUAGAUAAUCAGUUGUAUGUGGCAACGUGUUCACCUGCUCGAAAUGCUGAUGCUAGUUAUGUAGCUUGGGGCCACUCAACCCUUGUUGGGCCGUUUGGGGAAGUGCUAGCUACAACGGAACAUGAUGAAGCAAUAGUCAUAUCUGAGAUUGAUUAUUCCUUCAUAGAGCUUAGAAGGACUAACCUACCGCUUCUGAAACAAAGGCGUGGUGACCUUUACCAGUUGGUAGAUGUUCAGAGGUUGAAAUCCGAAUGAAAGGCGCAAGGACUGCUUUGAACUCUCCUUUGCUUAAAAUUUCAUCGGAUUAGAGUAAAUUAACUUUCCGCUACUGCUCCGUCCCUACUUGUUUUGAAUUACUGCGAGUCCAGAUUACAACUGUUGGUGCUGUACUGCUGUGGCUUGGCGCUAACAGGCAGCUCCCAGUUAAAGUUCAAUUGUGCUGAUGAGUAAUGUUCCACAUCUGUAUGAUUUACUGAACUACUGGAAUAACUUUGAUUUAAUAAAGGUUUAUGUAGGACCUGUAUUACCCUCCA